AUGGCAAUCUUUGGAGAAGCUGCUCCCUAUUUACGGAAGCCUGAGAAGGAGAGAAUUGAAGCCCAGAAUCGCCCAUUUGAUGCUAAGGCAGCCUGUUUUGUAGUGGAUGAAAAGCAAAUGUAUGUGAAAGGUACCAUACAGAGUAGAGAAGGUGGCAAAGUCACAGUUAAAACAUAUGAUGAUACAACUGUGACUGUAAAGGAUGAUGAAGUCUUUCCCAUGAAUCCUCCCAAAUUUGAUAAAAUUGAGGACAUGGCCAUGAUGACACACCUCCAUGAACCCGCUGUGCUGUACAACCUCAAAGAGCGUUAUGCAGCCUGGAUGAUCUACACCUACUCGGCCAAGGGGCUGCCGGGGUACAACCCGGAGGUGGUAGCUGGCUACCGAGGCAAGAAGCGCCAGGAGGCCCCUCCACACAUCUUCUCCAUCUCUGACAACGCCUAUCAGUUCAUGCUAACUGAUCGUAACAAUCAGUCAAUCCUUAUCACCGGGGAAUCCGGUGCAGGGAAGACUGUGAAUACAAAGCGUGUCAUCCAGUACUUUGCAACAAUUGCAGUUACUGGUGAGAAGAAGAAAGACCAACAGCCUGGCAAAAUGCAGGGAACUCUGGAGGAUCAGAUCAUCCAGGCCAACCCAUUGCUGGAGGCCUUUGGCAAUGCCAAGACCGUGAGGAAUGACAACUCCUCACGCUUUGGAAAAUUCAUCCGGAUUCACUUUGGAACAACUGGCAAGCUGGCCUCUGCGGAUAUCGAAACCUAUCUUCUGGAGAAAUCCAGAGUGACUUUUCAGCUGCCCAGUGAAAGGAGCUAUCAUAUUUUUUACCAGAUAAUGUCCAACAAAAAGCCAGAGCUCAUUGAUCUCCUCCUUAUCUCCACCAACCCCUACGACUUCCCCUACGUGAGCCAAGGAGAAGUCACUGUUGCCAGUAUUGACGACAGCGAGGAGCUGCUGGCGACGGACCGCGCCGUGGACAUCCUGGGCUUCAGCCCCGAUGAGAAGGUGGGGAUGUACAAGCUGACGGGGGCCGUCAUGCAUUACGGGAACAUGAAGUUCAAGCAGAAGCAGCGGGAGGAGCAGGCAGAGCCAGACAGCACAGAAGUGGCUGACAAAGCUGGCUACCUGAUGGGUCUGAAUUCUGCUGAUAUGCUCAAAGCUUUAUGCUAUCCCAGGGUGAAAGUCGGGAAUGAAUAUGUAACUAAAGGACAAAAUGUCCAACAGGUAUACAAUUCAGUGGGUGCAUUGGCUAAAUCAGUCUAUGAGAAGAUGUUCCUAUGGAUGGUUGUUCGAAUCAACCAACAGCUGGAUACCAAGCAGCCCAGACAGCAUUUCAUUGGUGUCCUGGACAUUGCUGGCUUUGAGAUCUUUGAUUUCAACAGCCUGGAGCAGCUGUGCAUCAACUUCACCAAUGAGAAACUGCAACAGUUUUUCAACCACCACAUGUUCGUGCUGGAGCAGGAGGAGUACAAGAAGGAGGGAAUUGAAUGGGAGUUCAUUGACUUUGGGAUGGACCUGGCUGCCUGCAUUGAGCUCAUUGAGAAGCCCAUGGGCAUCUUCUCCAUCCUGGAAGAGGAGUGCAUGUUCCCCAAGGCAACUGACACCUCUUUCAAGAACAAGCUCUAUGACCAGCAUCUGGGCAAGUCCAACAACUUCCAGAAGCCCAAGCCUGUCAAAGGCAAGGCUGAGGCCCACUUCUCCCUGGCGCACUAUGCUGGCACGGUGGACUACAACAUCUCUGGCUGGCUUGACAAGAACAAGGAUCCCUUGAAUGAAACUGUUGUGGGACUGUACCAGAAAUCAUCCCUGAAGCUGCUGUCUUUCCUUUUCUCUAACUAUGCUGGUGAUAGUGGUGGUGGCAAGAAAGGUGCUAAGAAGAAGGGAGGCUCUUUCCAGACAGUGUCUGCUGUGUUCAGGGAAAAUCUAAACAAGUUGAUGACUAACCUGAGAAGUACCCAUCCUCACUUUGUGCGCUGCCUGAUUCCUAAUGAGACCAAGACACCUGGUGAAAUGGACCAUUACUUGGUGAUGCAUCAGCUGCGGUGCAAUGGGGUUCUAGAAGGCAUCCGAAUUUGCAGGAAGGGGUUUCCAAGCAGAAUUCUUUAUGCAGACUUUAAGCAACGGUACAAGAUCCUUAAUGCCUCAGCCAUUCCAGAAGGCCAAUUCAUUGACAGCAAAAAGGCUUCGGAAAAGCUUCUUUCCUCCAUUGAUGUUGACCACAACCAAUACAGAUUUGGCCACACCAAGGUGUUCUUCAAGGCAGGUCUCCUGGGACUCCUAGAAGAGAUGAGAGAUGAGAAGCUUGUAAGCCUCAUCACUCAUACACAAGCUAUGUGCAGAGGGUAUCUCAUGAGAACUGAAUUUAAAAAGAUGAAUGAAAGAAGAGAAUCCAUUUAUAUCAUCCAAUACAAUGUCAGAGCAUUCAUGAAUGUCAAGCACUGGCCCUGGAUGAAGCUAUACUUCAAGAUGAAGCCCUUGCUGAAGAGUGCAGAAUCUGAGAAGGAGAUGGCCAACAUGAAGGAGGAGUUUGAGAAAACCAAGGAAGAGCUUGCAAAGUCUGAGGCAAAAAGGAAAGAGCUGGAGGAGAAAAUGGUGACCCUGUUGCAAGAGAAAAAUGACUUGCAGCUUCAGGUUCAAUCUGAGAGUGAAAAUCUAGCUGAUGCUGAAGAGAGAUGUGAAGGACUCAUCAAAAGUAAAAUCCAGCUGGAAGCUAAAAUUAAAGAACUAAGUGAAAGAAUGGAGGAUGAAGAAGAGACGAAUGCUGAACUGACAGCAAAGAAGAGGAAACUUGAAGACGAGUGCUCUGAGCUGAAGAAAGAUAUUGAUGAUCUUGAACUGACUCUGGCCAAAGUGGAAAAGGAGAAGCAUGCAACAGAGAAUAAGGUUAAGAAUCUUACUGAAGAGAUGGCAGCUCUGGAUGAAAAUAUUUCUAAACUCACUAAGGAGAAAAAGGCCCUCCAAGAAGCCCACCAGCAGACACUGGAUGACGUGCAAGCUGAGGAAGACAAAGUCAGCACACUCACCAAAACCAAGACCAAACUGGAGCAGCAAGUAGAUGAUCUUGAAGGAUCUCUGGAACAAGAGAAGAAACUGCGACUGGACCUUGAGAGAGCAAAGAGAAAACUGGAGGGAGAUCUGAAAAUGUCUCAGGAUUCCAUCAUGGAUCUGGAAAAUGAUAAGCAACAGAUGGAUAACAGGCUAAAAAAAAAGGAUUUUGAAAUAAGCCAGUUGCAAAGUAAAAUUGAAGAUGAGCAGGCUCAAAGUUCUCAGCUGCAAAAGAAAAUUAAGGAGCUUCAGGCUCGAACAGAGGAAUUGGAGGAAGAAAUUGAGGCUGAACGUGCAAUCCGUGCAAAGACUGAAAAGCAGCGAGUUGACCUCUCGAGGGAGCUAGAGGAGAUCAGCGAGCGCCUGGAAGAAGCAGGAGGGGCUACCGCAGCUCAGAUCGAGAUGAACAAGAAGCGUGAGGCAGAAUUUCAGAAGAUGCGUCGCGACCUCGAAGAGGCCACGCUGCAGCACGAAGCCACGGCUGGCGCCCUGCGGACGAAACAUGUGAAGCAGAAGCUGGAGAAGGAGAAGAGCGAGCUGAAGAUGGAGAUUGACGACUUGGCCAGUAACAUGGAGUCUGUCUCCAAAGCCAAGAGCAAUCUGGAAAAGAUGUGCCGAGCUCUCGAAGACCAGUUCAGUGAAGUCAGAACCAAAGAUGAUGAACAUGUGCGACUAAUUAAUGAUCUGAACACACAGAAAACACGUCUACAGACUGAGAAUGGUGAACUUACUCGGCAACUGGAGGAGAAGGAGUCCUUGAUUUCUCAGUUGACUCGAGGCAAACAUGCUUUCACUCAGCAGACUGAAGAGCUGAAGAGGCAACUAGAGGAAGAAAAUAAGGCCAAGAACGCCCUGGCCCACGCCUUGCAGUCUGCUCGCCACGACUGUGACUUGCUCCGGGAGCAAUAUGAGGGGGAGCAGGAAGCCAAGGGGGAGCUGCAGCGUGCCCUGUCCAAGGCCAACAGCGAAGUGGCCCAGUGGAGAACCAAAUACGAGACGGACGCUAUUCAGCGCACGGAGGAGCUAGAGGAGGCCAAAAAGAAGCUUGCUCAGCGCCUGCAGGAGUCAGAGGAGCAGAUUGAGGCUGUCAACUCAAAGUGUGCUUCACUGGAGAAGACAAAGCAGAGGCUGCAGGGGGAAGUGGAUGACCUCAUGAUUGACGUGGAGAGGUUGAAUGCAGCCUGUGCAGCAUUUGAUAAAAAGCAGAAGAAUUUUGACAAGGUCCUGGCUGAAUGGAAGCAGAAGUACCAGGAGAGUCAGGCUGAGCUGGAAGCUUCCCAGAAGGAGUCUCGGUCUCUUAGCACUGAGAUCUUCCGGAUGAAGAAUGCCUAUGAAGAAAUGCUUGACCAGGCUGAGACUGUCAGACGGGAGAACAAGAACCUCCAGCAGGAAAUUUCUGACCUGACUGAACAAAUUGCUGAAUCUGGAAAAGCUAAUCAUGGUCUGGAGAAAGCAAAGAAGCAAAUUGAGCAAGAAAAGUGUGACCUUCAAGCAGCAUUAGAAGAAGCAGAGGGCUCUUUAGAACAUGAAGAGGGAAAAAUCUUACGUGUUCAGCUGGAGCUGAACCAGGUGAAGUCAGAUGUUGACAGAAGGAGUGCAGAGAAAGAUGAGGAAAUUCAACAGCUGAAGAGGAAUCACCAGAGGGUAUUAGAGUCUAUGCAGACCACGCUGGAUGCUGAGAUCAGAAGCAGAAAUGAUGCUUUAAGGCUGAAAAAGAAGACGGAGGGAGAUCUGAAUGACAUGGAAAUACAGCUGAGCCAUGCCAACAGUCAGGUGGCAGAGACACAGAAGCACCUCAAAGCCGUGCAAGGGCAACUCAAGGAUUCCCAGCUCCAUUUGGAUGAUGCUUUGAGAGAGAACGAUGACCUGAAGGAGCAGCUUGCUAUGGUAGAGCGUAGGAACAAUCUGAUGACAACAGAAAUGGAGGAGAUGCGAGCUGCUAUGGAGCAGACCGAGCGAGCCCGGAAGGUUUCUGAGCAGGAGCUGAUGGAUGCCAGUGAGCGAGUGCAGCUUCUCCGCUCGCAGAACACAAGCCUCCUCAACACCAAGAAGAGACUGGAAGUGGACAUUACUCAUUUACAGAAUGAAGUUGAAGACAGCAUUCAGGAAGCCAGAAAUGCGGAGGAGAAAGCAAAGAAAGCAAUCACAGAUGCAGCCAUGAUGGCAGAAGAGCUGAAGAAGGAGCAGGACACCAGCGCCCACCUGGAGAGGAUGAAGAGGAAUCUGGAACAGACAGUGAAGGACCUGCAGCACCGUCUGGAUGAAGCCGAGCAGCUGGCACUGAAGGGUGGAAAGAAGCAACUCCAGAAGCUGGAGGCGAGGAUUAAUGAGUUAGAAAAUGAGCUUGAUGCUGAGCAGAAACGAGGAAUAGAAUCACUGAAAGGUGCUCGCAAGUAUGAACGAAGGCUGAAGGAGCUCACUUAUCAGUCCGAAGAGGAUAAGAAAAAUAUUCUCCGGCUCCAGGACCUGGUGGACAAGCUGCAGUUAAAAGUGAAAGCAUACAAGAAACAGGCUGAGGAAGCUGAAGAACAGGCAAACACUAAUCUCUCACGAUGCCGCAAGACCCAGCACGAGCUGGAAGAGGCUGAAGAACGAGCUGAUAUUGCUGAAUGUCAGGUUAACAAGCUGCGAGCCAAAAGUCGUGAUAUUGGAGGACAGAGAGAGACUGAGAAGACAUGA